UGAUUUCCCAUCCCACUUUCACUUUGAUAAAGACAAAUAUCUAGAGGAGGAAGUUUUCAUAGGAUUUGGAAUGGAGGUUAAUAAAUUACUCCAACAACUUGUGUCUAACACAAAGAAACAACUUGAAGUGAUCUCCAUUGUAGGAAUGGCUGGACUUGGUAAGACUACUUUAGCUAAAAGACUUUACAAUGAUCCUUAUGUAGUAUCUUACUUUUAUGUUCAAGCAUGGGCCACUUGUUCUCAAGUUUAUCAUAAGAGGGAUCUUUUGCUUUCCAUUUUAAGGUCAGUGACUAAAAUCGCGGAUUAUGUUUGCAAAAAGAAUGAAAAUAUGUUAGCCCAUGACUUGUAUUGUGCAUUAAAAGGUCGGAGAUACCUUAUUGUAAUUGAUGAUUUAUGGAGCAAUAAGGCAUGGGAUGAUCUUAAGAGAUGUUUCCCGGAUGACAACAAUGGGAGUAAAAUUAUGCUGACCACCCGGCUCAAGGACGUUGCUUUGCAUGCACAAUCUAAAGGGAGUCCACUUUCUUUGCGUUUUCUAACAGAAGAAGAAAGUCUUGAUUUAUUCAAGCAGAAAGCCUGCAUAACCGGACCAUUUUUUGAGUAUUUGAAUUUGACUGGAAAAAGUAUUACAAGAAAAUGUCGUGGUUUGCCUCUUGCAGUUGUUGUAAUAGCUGGAAUACUUAAAAACAAUUUGGAGAUGGACUGGUGGGCACAGGUAGAGAAAAGCAUAAGUUCAUACAUUGUAUCGCAUGAAAAUCAGUACAUGAAUACACUAGCAUUAAGUUAUAACUACCUUCCUCAACAUUUGAGACCUUGUCUUCUCACAUUUGGAGCAUUCCCAGAAGAUCAUGAAAUCCCAGUACACAAGUUAAUUUGGAUAUGGAUUGGAGAGGGAUUCAUACAUCAGAAUGGCACAAAAAAGAUCUUAGAGGAUAUUGCAGAGGAUUACUUGACAGAUCUUAUGUGGAGAAGUCUAGUUGUUGUAGGGAAGAAAGGGUCUAACGGAGCAAUCAAAACAUGUCGUAUUCAUGACCUGUUGCGUGAUUUGUGCUUAAAAAAAGCAGAGGAAGAUCAUUUUCCGCCAAAUAUUUACAGGUACAACAAACAUUGUUAUUCAUGUCCUCAUUCUUCAACAAAUCUUUCAUCAGACUGUACUUGCUUAUCUUCUAAAGUUUCCCAAUCAUUUUCCAAGGACCUAUCAAUGAUAUGUGAUACCUCCAAACAUAUCCGAUCUUUGGAUAUAUCAUCCAUCGAAUUAUUUGUAUUCCCAAGCGAAGUAUUGCAACUAGUACACUUGAGGUACCUGGAACUUCGGUUUAGGUCUGGUAAUCCUCCGGAAUCUAUAUCUUGCCUUAGAGAACUCCAGACACUUAUCAUGUCAUCCAGGAUGAAUAUGGUUGUUCCAAAUAAUAUGUGGAAGAUAAUAAACUUGAGGCAUCUUUGCAUUAAGUCAGGAGAAAACCUUGUGAAAUCCUCUGAUGUUGAAGAAGAACCCAGCUUAUUGGAAAACUUGCAGACCAUGUCACUAGUGAGUCCUACUAGGCCAUUUCAACACAUCUUAGCCAGGACUCCAAAUUUAAAGAAGCUAGGUCUUUGUGGACAAUUGACAACAAAUAGUGGGGAUUUACAAUUUCCUGAUCUUGGCCUUCUAAUGCACCUCAAAGCAUUAAAGUUGCUAAACACAAUUCCUUUGUGCAAAGCCGGAAGACUGAGCGACUCAAUCAUAUUCCCCAAAAGUCUUACAAGUCUUUCCCUCUCAAAUACUUAUCUGGAUUGGAGUGAAGCUUGGGCCUUUGAAAUGAUACCUAACCUUGAAGUCCUCAAGUUGAAAUUUCAUGCCUUUGUCGGUAAAGACUGGGAAACAAGUUUGGGAGCAUUCCCUCGUCUUAAAUUUCUGAAACUUGAUGAACUGGAUAUCGUGACUUGGACAGCUUCACGUGAUCACUUUCCAGUUCUUCAGUGCUUACAGGUGCACCGAUGCUCUAAUCUGCUUAUGAUUCCAGAAGACUUUGGUAAUAUAUGCACACUUGAGUGGAUUGAGUUUAGUGAGUGUAGUGAUGAUGCAGCAAAUUCUGCAACUUACAUGCAGAAGGAGCAAGAGAAAAAUGGUAACGAUUUUCUUAAGAUCCUUCACAACCCUGGAGAAACUUCCAGCUACACAAACACAGAAUACAGCAGUUUGUUGAUCAGGCGAUCUUGUAAAGUUCUAGCACUAUGUCUGUACUCUAUGUUAUCCCCUUUUGAACUUGACAAUACAGAAAAUAUGGGAGAAGAGAACAACAAUCACAACAACUAUGACAACGGGAACAACAACGAAGAAGAGAAUGUAUUUGAUUUACUAGCUCAGACUCCAUCCGGACUUGUGAUCAGCUACUGA